AUCAAAGCCGUUCUUGGUCGUUGUCAGUAACCAACGUACACAACAUGACAUCCAGGAACUGGCGUGUAUUUUAUAAUCUGGACAGAAAGCCCUUCUUCUAAAAUUGCAAUUUGUAUAUUAUUCGUGUUCAUUUGAUUUUAUAAGGUUUCCAGUUAACGCACGUCAAUCUUGGGAAACGAUUUUUUAUCGGAAUGAAUCUCGGAGACGGCCUGCUGUUUGAACUUGAAAAUGGAAAACCUAAAUUGAUUUUGCUCAGUUAUGGUGUGGAUAAAAAUUCAAAAAAGCAGGUGUCCCUGAGGCCUAAAGCAGCUACCAUCCCCAGUUCCAAACAACUCUCCUUUGUAGAGGAGCAAGAGUGUCCAGCCCAUCAACAGGCAGGGAGGCACAGAGAGGGCAAGAGUAAGGGUGAAGGAGUAGCCAGGUCUUUCACCUCCAACAUUACAACACCUGGAGGGAGGAAUGCCACCCUGAAUUUGUCCAAGGCACACGAGAAUCACAAAGGAGGCAGCAUCAGAGCUGCAGCCAAAGUGAAGCCAGAGAGACAUAAACACAUUACUAAUGAUGACACCAUGAGAUCCAACUGGAAAACAGCACAGCCUCAGAAAAUUGUGAAACACAGCAGUGGAAGGGACACGCUGGCCAGUAGGAACACACAAUCAAAGGAAAGUAUGGUGUGUCUGACCAGUGAGCAGCUGCAACAGAUCCUCAACACUUUUCAGACUUCCAGCAAUGGCCAUCACAUGCCUGAGGAGCAAAGGAAUGAAGGAAAUCAAACGGACUCAAAAUUUCUCUCUUCAAUGAAUGGGCAAGGAGGAGAGAAGAACCAGGAAGACAGUGGAGGUGGAGAAAAUAUAAAGCAAAGAGAUAGAGGAGAAAGUGAUGCAUCAAAAGUUUCAGUGGAAAAAGACAGGUUCUCUGGGUGUUUGUUUAGCUGGCUGGAGGAGCAACAGCCGGACAGCAGAGCAACCAUCGAUGCUAAGAAGGCUCAGUGGAGGAAAGAACUAGAUGAGCAAGUGGCAUUAAAACAGCAGCGUCCUUCUCCCGGCACGCUCCAGGUGGCAGAAGACAGAGAAAGUGUGUUAUCGGUUCGAACCUCCAUCAGUCAAAAAGAGCUGCCAGCAGCCAUCAAAUCCAGCCUCAAACUUGGGGAGGUCACACCGAUGGAGGAGCUGCUAAGUGCGGAGAAGCGAGAGAAGCGUGAGGAGCAGAGGAGACGCUGGCUGGAGGAGCUGGACCGACAGAGGGAGGAGAUGAGUGAACGCAGAAAACGAGACAAACUGCUACAGAGCCAGACAGAGGACCACGAGCUCUGGGCCAAUCACUUUGACUCGCUGCAGAGGAGGCCUCAUGUCCAGUCAGAGGGUCCAUCAGCUCCCACUAAUGCCCCAUCCAAUGGCUCUGAGCGGGGAGAGUGGGAGCCAUCUUCCAGCCUGUCCUUGGUCUGGGAGGCCAUGAGUAGUUGUGGAGCAGAGAGUGUUGGUGCAGCCAGUGUAGACACAACCAGUGGAUACCAGACCAGAGCCAGCUAUCUGAGAUCUAUGACUGCCCUGCUGGACCCCGCCCAGAUAGAGGAAAGAGAGAGGAGGCGACUUAAACAGCUGGAACAGCAGCGAGCAAUUGAGGCCCAGGUGGAGGAAAGAAAGCGGCAGAAGGCUCAGGAGGAGGCAAGUAGAAGAAAGGAGGAGGAAGAGGAGGAGAGGAGGGUAGCACAGGAGAGGGACACGCUGCGGAGACAGUACGAGCUCGCCUCAGUGAAGGAGAGGCAUAAGGAGAAAGCAAACCAUCAACGUGAGCAGACGCAAAAGAGCCACAACAAUGAACGACUGCAGGAGAAACCAGAAGCCAGUGAUACAAGACAUGAUGGCAAUGGUUUGAAAAAGGAUGUCAGUAAUUCAGUCUGCCCGUACAGAGACAUGGCUGUACAGACAGAGGCAGCUCCCUCCCUCCUGCUCGCAGCAGAAAGUCCUCAAACUCUUCCUGUCACUGCAAAGCACCAGGCACCUUCUUCUCAGUCCGUAGCUCCUUCAACCAGCAAGAACCGAGCAACAAAAACAGGCAAGGAGAAUAUCUGUCUCCAAGGAGGAGGAGACCCUUAUGAGGCGUUUGCCAGGACAGACAGAAGCAGGAGAGACAGGAGGAGGCCAGAGUGGAACAUGCAAAGACCCAGCCGUCGGUUCGUUCCAGCGUCGGAGCGUUACCCUGCAGCUCUGCAGAGGAACAGACAGGAGAGUCGACUGAAGAGGCAGGCUGAGCUCGUUGCCCUGCAGGAGAGGGCCUGUCUGGCCAGGACGGAGCCUCCUCCACAGAGUCAGGACCCAGAGACCAGAACCAGUCCUGACCGUGAGGGGGAGUGUGUUUCCAGAGGACAGAGCAUCUCUGCAGCAAAUGGCACUGAAAGGGGUCGCUCUCCCCCCGUCCCUGCCGUCAGUCACAGAAUGCGGAGUCAGCAGUCCUGCAGUCCUUCUCCUUCGGUCCUGGACUUCAUUCCCUACGUUCGAACUGAUGAAGUCUUCAACUUGGACCCACUGGAGCCAGCCAACACCCCCCAACAGGACACACAGCCAGAAGAUCCUCCACAGUGCUCAGCAUCCCCUCUUCCCUCCUCUCAACGAGACCCCCUCCUUCAACCAGAGCUGCUCCGUAACACACACACCCACCGACAGCAAGAGAUCCUGAGAGGCCUGGCUCAGCUACGGCAGGGUUUGUUGCAGAAGCAGAGAGAGCUGGAGACCGACCUGAAUCCUCUACUGAAGCAUCGUGACAGUGAGCUCCGGACGACCUCAGCCUCGCACCGCAUGUGACUGCCAACACCUGACAAGCGCACUCAGAUGAGUGUGUGUUUUAAACAGCCGUCAUGAAGAACAUUUUUAAACCUUAAAAUAAACUGCGAAUCUGAAGAUUUUAUUCAGUUGUUGACAGACGUUGGAACUGGAUGUUCAAUGUGCCACUAGAAAAAAAAGGAGAGGAGGACUGGUUCAGUUUGACCAUGAUCCUUGUUCUGUGUAGAAACGUAUUUUCAAAUAACCAAACCAAGUUACACUAACUUAUGAAUGGCAUUUGCUGUGUUUCUUAGGUCAGGACCACUGGUAGUAACAGAGGUAACUGAUAACGAGAACGGCAGUGUGGAAAAGCUGUGAACCUGUUUUCAACUGACAUCAUCAAAGGUUUAUUUUUCCCUUUUUAUCAAGAGACUUUUGGCUUUAAGAUCAGAAGAAGGAAAUCAUUGUGUUGGUACUAAAUUGGUUUUAGAUUCAAACAUCACUAAAAGAGAAGCAGAGUUUGAUGUGUUUGAGUGUGGUGAUGUUCAGUGGCUGCGUUUUGACCACAGCUCAUCACUGGCAGAAAAACAGAUGUAUUACAGAGGGUCGCUUUAAACACUGCUGCUUAUAUUAGACACUUGUCCAAAAUGGUUUCAUCAGAGACUCCAAAAAGUAUCUAAUAUUAUGCAUAAUGUGUCUGAAUGGGCUUUACCUUCAGCUGAACAAGAGCAAACCAUCACUUACCGUUUAUGUUCUCACUCACCUUCCUGUUUUCUGCUUCGUUGUUUCUACCUCGCAGAUUCCUUUCAAAAUGAAUGUAAAGGGAUGAGCAAUGUUAUGAUGUCGGCAUUGUAUUUUAUAACUUUUAAAUGCACUUUGUGUAUAAAUGGUACUGGUACUGGCCUUCUUUAGGAUCAGGAGGCAUCACACUGGAGAAGCUGUUGAAUUACUUUGUAUCAAUGAUGUGUUUACAGCUUCCUGCAGGCUUAUGCUUGUUACAUUUUAUUAGCUACUGUGUUUUUAAUUUAAUGUAAUAAAUGCUGAAGACACUAAAAA